UUAAACUGCAUUUCCACCGUAGAUAAGAUUCAAAUCAUUAUCGCAAGCCCGAUUUGCUCGCUAAUAGGCCAAUAGCACGAAGAAAUACUACGGUAUUAGCCCAUUAUAAAUAAGAUCGAUGGGCUGCCAAAAGACAUCAGUAGUUCAAUUGUUUCAUUCGACAAACAUCACGCACUCGUGCGAGUCUCGUCCGUCCGGAACAGCGUCAAUUUUUAGCCAAUACCAUGUCUGUGGAAACCAUUAUCGAGAGAAUCAAGGUUCGCGUGGCCGCUGUCGACCCGAACGGACCCCGCAAGGUUCUGGGAGUGUUCCAGCUGAACAUCAAGACCGCCGGUGGCGUCGAACAGUGGAUUGUCGAUCUGAAGCAAUUGAAGGUUGAUCAGGGCGUUUCGGCUAGUCCGGAUGUGACCGUCACCGUUGGAUUGGAAGACAUGCUGGCCAUCAGCGGAAAGACCUUGACCGUUGGAGAUGCUCUGAAGCAGGGUAAAAUCGAUAUCUCCGGGGAUGCCGAUCUGGCUGCCAAGUUGGCUGAAGUGAUCUAAAUCUAUGUGUAACAGUGAUUGAUUCGGUGUGAAUGGGAAGGGUUUUGUUCGGAAUAAAUCCCGUGAGUGGAACAUGCGUUAAUUUGUGUUAUCAGUA